GGUGUUCAGCUUUUGAUUGGGGUUUGAUGGGCGGAUUGGCUGACAACAGGCCCCCACGCAUAUAUCUACUGUCCUUAUAUAUAGACAUUGUGUCAGUGGUAAUAAGCGAUAUCCAGAAGAACAGUCUCAGAUUAUUCUGCUAUAAUAGCUUCUGACUCGAAGAAUUUCCAACCGCCGCGCUAUCACUGGGCAAAGCGUCAAGGUCGGCUGUGCCACUCAUUGGGCUGGAGGAGAAUAUAUGCCCAUGGAUACCGAGGAGCAUUUUUCAAUGGUGUUUGAGGAGGACGUCACUAUGGCAGACACGUUGUGGCCCUCAUCAUUACUGUUGUUAGAUGAUACCGCCCCUAUCAUGCCAAACGACGAAUAUUUACUGCCUUGGGGUGGUGUAUCUCCAUUUGACCCUCUCUCUUCUGAAGUAGCAGCUACGACACCAAAUGAGCCUCACAAGUCAAUCCAGCCCUCCCUCUUGGACGGUAUGGAGGCCUCUGUGCCCGAGUAUGAUUCUACGUUCAACUAUCCAGAUGUCGACAUCGAUUUUACACUGGACUGGGUGCACGCUGAGAGACCAUUCCACCCUCAUGAUUCAGUCUCAGAGCGCGGUGCUUACAGUGAUAAGGGCAAGCCUUCGCUACCGUCUAGGACUUCAGAGAAACAGGAGAAUCAGACUGAGAAGAUUCGUCGGAUUACCAUCAACCAGCAGCAGAAGCAAAUUCUCACCAACUGGAUCACGAGAAAUUCGGAGCCAUAUCCGUCAAGGGAGGAUAAGGCUAAUUUAGCAACUGCCACGGGACUUUCAAUAGACCAAGUGAGCGGUUGGUUUACGAGAACGCGACAAAGACAACUGCAACGAAUACAAUCGAACGCUCCAGUACUAAAUCUGAGUGGCACUUCACUGCUACCUACCAUCUACCAUGGAUGUACAAGUGGACAAGCGGCAAGAAUGCCGAACAGAGUACCUAGCCCUGGGUUACCCGACUCAGUAGGAAACGAUAGAUGCCUCCCAUCAUGUUUUUACUUACCGAGGUGCACAAGUUUAUCACCUCGGUCAAAGGAGUCGUUUAUCAACAAUUCGCCUAAGCGAACUCGAUCUCUCCCACAUAUCUUCACUCUGGAUUGCAUCAAUACCCAUGCAUCUGCCAUAAGUCAAGCCUCACAACGCCAAUUGUCGUUGGAUGUAGCGGCACCAACAUAUGAAAGCGGUCAUUCCAGACAUAACAAACCGGCCAUCGAAGUUCAAUCUUUGACAUCUCGAGAGACGCAAGGCCUCAUCCACCCUCUCAAAGCCAACUCUAAUACGAGUUUCGUGGAGGCAUGGGUUGAAGACGUGGCUCGCUAUGUGUUUGCUACUACUGCAGAUCCUUUAGACAUCACAUGUCAGACUUCUCCAAAUCAAACUCAGGAGAGUGCAGCAAAGCCCUCCCAGAUUUCUGAACAAGGGUUUGAACAAUCCGGCAAGAUCGAGUGCACCUCGUACCAUACCACCCCCGGGCAGACGGCAGGCGUAGUAACUCCAUCUGCAUCAACGUAUUCACGGAUGAGUCUGACAAAGAUAAGCAACCUAGGUGGGAGCAGCAAUGACCACCCUGUACGUAGGCCGGAUCAAACAGCUUUAGAUGGCGGCACUUAUGUAUGUACUCACUAUGACUGCACGCUUCGGUUUGAUACACCAACACUACUUGAAAAGCAUAAUCGAGAAGUGCACGGUUCUAUUUUGAGCUCAAAUAUCCAGAAUUGGUCACACAGGUGCGAGAGAAGUAACCCGAGCACAGGAAAGCCAUGCAAUACGAGCUUUUCAAACCCCUAUGACCUUACUAGACACGAAUAUACGAUACAUAACGCAAAGAUAAUGAGGUAUCAAUGUGCCAAUUGUACGGAAGAAAAAUUGUUUAGCCGAGAAGACGCGAUGAAAAGGCACAUACGCACCGUUCACCCGGAUAUAUUCAAGAAAGCCCAAGAAUCCGCGAAAGAGGGGCGUCGAACAAACAUAGGAGUCCCGGCUCUAUUUCCACCCGCAGAUGACGAGAGUUCUUUUUCCGCGGGAUAUCGAGAUCGAGGGGAACCAUCAAUGCAAAACAUUGAUGGUAAACCUGCAGCAGUUCAUACUGAGUUGAAACAACGUUUAAUACCAUGGGCCCCCGAGCCUCCAGUCAAUCAAUCGGUUACCCAGAAAGAUCUGAAUGCAAGUCGGAGUUAUUCACAUACUGAAGCCGCAUACGACGCGAUAUCAAGUGCUGCAUCGAGUGUAGACAGUAAUGGCUCAGUUGCAAGCUACAUGAGCUUCGGCCCUCGCAAAGGCCGACGUGUCGCUUUCCAGAGAAGUUUCGAUGAGAAUUCCAAUUCUUUAGAUGUUCCGCCCCCUACACCCUUCAACGACCAAUAUUCUCCUGGCUUUCUGUCCAUCUUGUCUCCUGGAAAAUCUGAUACUGUUUCAGAUAAUGGCCAGAACCAAAUGAUGUCUGAUACCGAGGCGUUGGAUAAUUUGAGCAGAAACAAUGUUAAAAGAACCCGGAGGACCAACAAUAUUAAAAGAACCCGGAUGACCAACAAUAUUAAAAGAAUCCGGAUGACCAACAAUAUUAAAAGAAGCCGGGUGACCAAGAUUGAUGGGUCUGCAAGUCAACGGGCAUCUUACCAGUGUACCUUCUGCCGUUGCUUUUACCAAAGAUAUUACACAUGGAAACGGCACGAAGAGUCCGCUCACAUUGCCCCCUAUGUAUGGAUAUGCCGGUCAGAUAUGUUCCAGGCCGACUCUACUCAUUGCCCUCUGUGUGUAUCUUCUUCAAAUUCAGAAGGUACUCCUUCUACAGUAUGCCCGCACAAGUUUCGAGAAUGUUGGCAGAAGCCGGAUAUAAAUCGGACGUUUUAUCGACGCGAUUUAUUCAUACAACAUAUCUUUGGCGUGCAUUUUAAUGCCCAGAAGGACUGUCACCCAGUUGGUGAAUUACUCAAGUAUGGAAGGUGUGAGGGGAAAGGUCCUUCCCCAAGCGAUCUCAUCUGCCACUUCUGCGGCUUCCGCGCUGAAAGCUGGCAGGUAAGAUGUCAACAUAUAAGAAGACAUUUUGAGAAUGGAGAAACAAUGAACUCCUGGAUUCUCGGAGGGCCUUAUGUCAUAAACACAGAUGGCAGUACUCUCGAGCAAUCCCCCGCUGAAAGACGCCAGUCAAACACCUUAACUGUCAACGGACAAGGGGAAUGGCUUUGUCGCGUGAGAGCAUUCGGGGCGCAUGACCUCCAAUUAUGCAAGACAAACUGGACUUGUGUAAUAUGCGGUACUGAUCUCGAAUAUAAUAAUUCUGGAUCGGUACCUGGAUGGGGGAUCUUGAACCAUUUGAAUAACUCACAUAACAUGAUAACUUCUUGUGCCACCAAGAAGUUCUCGACCGCUGAGAGCUAUAUCAACCACCUAUUAAUGAAUCACCAUGGGAUCAGAGGAGACUGGAUGCGCAGGUUAGUUCUGUUCAGCUUCCAUCAAACCUAUAAGCUCAUUGGUCGAUGACACCCACAUAUGUCAUCAUAUAGGGGACUCUUAUCCGCCCCAAGCCCAGGAUGCUACCAACUUGAUGAAGACACCUUUCCUAGCUAUUUGAUUUUUGUCUCCUCAUAUACAAAUCUUUUCCUUCUGACUAUGGGCAGCGGGCAUUAUUCGCAUUCUCUACUUAGUCUUACCUUGGAAAUCGAAAAGAUUCUAAAUAUAGAACUCUAUAGCCUACCCUACCGGGAUGUCCUUUACCUGCCCAGUUGAACAGUUAUAUUUACUGUCGCACAGCAGAUGUUGUAGGAUCUGAGCGCUAGUGUAAGAAUCGUA